AUGCGUCUUGCACACCGUCUGCUCAUGGCUACCCCAGCCUCGAUUGGCUCCAAAUCCAGUCUUAGCGAAGCUCUCGCCCUUCUCCCCCCGCUGCAGCUCUACCGGCGCAUCCUGCGCGUGCAUCGCAAGCUUGACCCGGAGCUGCGCGUCUUGGGCGACUCAUACGUGAAGAAGGAGUUCCGGGCGCAUCGGACUGCGGAGAAUCCACUACACAUUAUCGGAUUCUUGACGGAGUGGCAACUAUAUGCGCAAAAAUUGGAGGGUGAUAACUGGGCGGGAGAGAAGCUGGACAAGUCCAAAUUGGACAAGCUGAGUGACCAACAAGUUGGACAGCUGUUUGAGUUGAUGCAGGCCAUCAAAAAUUCCGAGGAAGACGGUGAAGGCGAGAAGCAAUGA